AUGGUAGUCAAUCACUUCAGGAACAAACGUGAGGCGCACAUUGUCAAUCGCUCAAGCGUCCACCAAUGGAAUCCUUUUCGGCAUCUUUGGGACACUCCUGCUGAUCGUCAACGCCGUCGAGAAACGUGGGGAGGACCCGAACUGGAGGCGCAGACUGGUCAAGACGGACGAGAUUACGGUGGAAGGUUGGCACAUGCUCCCACUGCACCAAACCCCAGCAGUGGUGGCAUCCCGAGGGAUCCGUCCAACGCCGAUACCAUCACCAGCUCCGCCAAGGAGAGCGACGAAGCGACGAGGACAAGGAGUGUCUAUAAUGGAGAAGAGAAGGUGGCCCUCAAUCAAUUUUUAGGGCAUGAUAAAUCUGGGAGCCUGCGAAACCGAAGGCCCGAAGACGAUGCCGCAAAUCUGGAAGGCGACCCCUCCCUGGCUCAACCAACAGCAGACGAUAAUGGAAAGAUGAAGAAGAAGGUCAAGUCGGGUUUAAUCAACUGGCAUCUUAAGCCGAAGGAGCCUUUUACUGUGGCAAAUCAACUGCAGCGCACCUUUUUGAGCUCAUGGAUCAACAUUCUCUUGCUCGCUGCUCCCGUCGGUAUUGCCUUGAAUUACGUUCACUCGGUCAAUCGCAUAGCCGUAUUCGUCAUCAACUUCCUGGCUAUUAUUCCACUGGCCGCUAUACUCGGUUUCGCUACAGAAGAGGUCGCUUUACGAACUGGUGAAACUCUUGGUGGUCUCAUCAAUGCUACCUUUGGAAAUGCCGUUGAACUGAUCGUUGCCAUCAUCGCACUGAAGGACGAUCAGAUCGCCAUCGUUCAGACCUCCUUAAUUGGAUCCAUUCUUUCUAAUUUACUGCUUGUCAUGGGGUUCUGCUUCUUUUUCGGUGGUCUGCGACGACAAGAACAACACUUUAACCACACCGUUGCUCAAACUUCUGCUUCUCUUCUGGCCCUUGCUGCGGCAUCUGUCAUUGUCCCAUCAGUAUUCAACGUUGCGGCCUCAGAUAUUUCACAAAGAGAGAUUGCCAAGCUCUCCCGCGGUACCUCCGUCAUACUUCUUAUUGUCUAUAUUGCCUACCUCUUCUUUCAACUCCACACACAUCACGAAGUCUUCAAUGAGCAGAGCCAGAAGGUUCCCGCAAAGCCCUGGUCACGCAGCGGCGGCCCCAAGGGCAUCAAGCAAGGUUUAGCCAUGCCCAGCUCCAUGAUCAGCCAUGCGAUACCAGACCAGGAGGAGAACCAGCGAUUAUCGAAGAUGCUCGGGAACCCCAAAAGCUUGGAUGAGGGUGAGGAUGAAGAUGACGACCCCCAGUUGAGCUUGGCAGUUGCCAUUGCCACCCUUACCAUUUCUACGGUCAUUAUUGCAUUCUGUGCCGAGUCCAUGGUUGGCUCUAUCGAUUCGAUUACUAAAAGUGGUGGCCUGACUCAAGAGUUUGUCGGCUUAAUCUUGCUUCCUAUUGUUGGGAAUGCUGCCGAACACGCAACAGCUGUCACUGUCGCCAUAAAGGAUAAGAUGGACCUUGCUAUUGGUGUUGCUGUAGGCUCUAGCAUGCAGGUUGCUCUGUUCUUGAUUCCACUGCUUGUUGUUAUUGGCUGGGGAAUGGAUAAAGAGUACAUGGACCUGAGCUUUGAUAUUUUCCAGGUUGCGGUCAUGUUUGUUGCCGUUUUGCUGACCAACUAUCUGAUCGGUGAUGGCAAGAGUCAUUGGCUAGAAGGGUUUCUCCUCAUCUGCCUCUGGGGCAUUAUUGCUGUUUGCUCCUUCUGGUAUCCCAACACUAGCCUCGAGCAAGCCAAUGGCACUGGCACCACACAUUAA